AUAAUUUCUUCGCUUCUCCACUCGCUCAGAGGAGCUGCUAGGGAUCUGGCUAGAAACAGAAUCCGGCGCAACGAUUUUCUCCCUUUUCUCAAACCUCGUUUCCAUCGCAACGGUCUUGAAGCUAGAAACAGAAUCCGGCGCCACUACCCUUCUCUCAUCCGACCCAAAUCUCUUCAAACUUUCUCAAUUCUUGACCGACAUCAAAAACCUUCACCGGGAUUUCGAGAAAUAGGGAGGGUACAACUUGAGAUCCAUCCUCCAUCGCCGAAUCGCCGCUUACAAAAUCUACUAACUCGCGAAUCCGACACCACAGUGGGGGUAGCCAGGAUUUUAUGUAAGGGGUGCAAUUUUUUUAAAAGUAAAUAUAUCUUAUAUGAAAAAUUAUUGAUUAUUUGCACUGACUCAACGUCUUUUAUACUCGAAUAA